UCCUUCACACCCUGGCAACUCACAAGUUGCAACCACCCUGAAGAAAAUUCUGAGGGAGAAGAGAACAAGAAGAAGAAGAAGAAGAAGAAGAAGAGAAAUUCAAUCACCGAGUUUGUUGUAGAGCUCGAUUUCAAUGGUGUAAAGCCGCCACGUGUCAGAUUCCGGCGAAGAAUUUAAGCAUGGACCACCAGCGCCACCACCACCACGACUACAGCCACUCCCACCACCACCACCACCACAGCCAGAGCAGCAGCCAGCACCAUCACCACCGGCACAAGUCCCACUCCGACGGCAACCUCUUCUCUCUCUGUCCGUUCUGGCAGUCAGGGUCCCAAACGUCGUCGUCUUCCUCUUCGACUCAGAUCCUACAGAGCGGCGUCGACGGAUCGAAGUCGAAGCCCAAAACGGUGUCGUCCGUCGCGAGAUCGCUGCUCCCGCCUCGGCGCCGGCUCCGGCUCGACCCUGCCAGCAAACUCUACUUCCCCUAUGAACCUGGGAAACAAGUGAAGAGCGCAAUUCGGUUGAAGAACAGUAGCAAGUCUCAUGUAGCUUUCAAGUUUCAAACUACUGCACCGAAAAGCUGUUACAUGCGUCCUCCGGGUGGUAUUCUUGCUCCAGGAGAGAGCAUAAUUGCUACUGUGUUUAGGUUUGUGGAACAACCUGACAGCAAUGAGAAAAAUGUGGAUCAGAAGACCAAGGUUAAGUUCAAAAUUAUGAGUCUGAAGGUGAAAGCUGAAACGGACUAUGCUCCUGAGCUGUUUGAUGAGCAAAAGGAUCAAGUAGCAGUUGAGCGAAUUUUGCGGGUUGUAUUUUUAGAUGCAGAGCACCCUACUCCUGCUCUAGAAAAACUGAAGAGGCAGUUGGCUGAAGCUGAGGCUGCACUCGAAGUGCGUAAGAAACCUCCCGCAGAUUCAGGUCCUCGUGAUGUUGGGGAGGGCCUUGUAAUAGAUGAAUGGAAGGAGCGAAGGGAGAAAUACCUGGCUCGGCAACAGGUUGAAGCAGCAGGUUAAGCGUAAACCCUGAUUAGUAGCUUUUGUUGCAAGUUAAUUUGGCUUUGAUGAGAUUUUCUUGUGGUGUAACAUUGCAUUCUUUCUGCUCAUCAAUCUUUAGCUAAGUGGUAGAGGAAGGUGGAGAAGUAAUAGCCAUUUUUAGUUAUGGUAGCUGAGAAAUAAUAUGUUCUCUUGUACAUAAUGAGUUUUGUCCUGGGAUGAAAUGGGUGAAUGACUCUACGUAUCAGCGUUUUUGUAUAUUCUGAUGUUUGAGGUGCCCUUUCAUUCUUUGAAUUUCAGUAGUAAGAACUUAGAUUGGUUUUCAUGCAAGUACCAUAUUUUGUGUGCCGUAUUCGACGCUGUCAUUUUUUUGCUUCAUAUUAGCUACUGGUUUUUAAUCGUGGCCAGUACUAUAAAUCUACAAUGCUACAAGCUUCCCUUUGAUCUCCA